AUGGGGAGUGACUGGCUCUUCUUCUUGCAGGAUGGAUACUCGCAGUUGUCAGCGUAUGAAAGGAAAAGGCUAAAGAACAUUACAGAAAAUGCUAAAUUCUUUGCUGCUUUAAAGCUGCAUGAGUCAGCUGCAAGACUUCAGCAAAUUGCAACUAAAACACAACCUCAAGUCACCAAGAGACCUAAGCCGAAAAAGGCAGAAGAUGAAGGAGUCCUUCGAAGAUCUCGGCGCUUGCAGAGAGUCGAGCCGUCAGGAAUUCCGAUGCCGGCGAUGGCUGCCCCGCCGGAAGCAGAGGAAUAUGCUCAGGUUCCAGCCGGGCCUUUGCCAAUGGUUCCGGAAGAUCAGACGGAGAACAGUAAAUCGGCAGAGGACUUACUGGCUACGUGGAUGAGGAUAAGCGAGAUGAAAGCUAAUGCUAAAGAAAAGCACACGUGUGACAUGAAAAGAUACCAAGACAGCCUGAACAGCAUGGUCCUCAGUGAGGAGAACAUUAAAAAGGUUGUGAAGUACCGCGUAUCUGCCAUGGCCAUCCAUCCUUCUGACAGCAUCGUCUUGGUGGCAGCGGGGGACAAGUCCGGGCAGAUCGGUCUCUGGAACGUGGACUGCCAGUCUGAAGGAGGAGCGCACGUCUUCGUUCCGCACAACUACCUGGUCAGCUGCAUGCACUUCUCUCCGUGUAAUCCCGCGCACUUGCUGUCCCUGAGCAGUGACACUCUGCGAUGCGGGGACGUGACGAGGGCCGUCUUCGAUGAGGUGUGCCGGAGCGAGGGGAGCUUUUCCUCCUUUGACUUUCUGGAAGACAACGCCUGCACUGCCAUAGUGGGACAGUGGGAAGGUGACGUCGCCAUUGUGGACAGACGGACGCCGGGAACGUCUCCAGAGCUGUCCGCAGACAUCGGCUUCCAGAAGACGAGGACAGUCCACGUCCACCCCGCGAAUAAACAGUAUUUCGUUGCUGCUGGCGCAGGGGAUGUGUGUGUUUACGACGUUCGGCACUUGAAGCCCAAGGGGAACAAGCCCGUGAGCGCUCUCAAGGGACACACGAAAAGCGUUGCCUCUGCGUACUUCUCGCCCGUGACGGGGAACAGAGUGGUGACGGUGUGUGCUGAUGACAAGCUGAGGGUCUACGACACCACCUCCUUCUCAGCGACGGCCGCAGUGCUCAGCGCCGUCAGACACAACAAUAACACGGGCCGCUGGUUGACGAGGUUCAGAGCGAUAUGGGACCCUAAGCAGGAGGACUGCUUCGUGGUGGGCAGCAUGGCGCAGCCGAGGCAAAUCGAGGUCUACCAGGACACGGGGAAACUGCUGCACUCCUUCUACAACCCCGACUGCCUUGGGUCCGUCUGUUCCAUUAACGUGGUUCAUCCCAGCAGGAACAUCUUGGUGGGCGGCAACUCCAGCGGCCGCCUUCACGUGUUCAAAGAAUAA